GGGGGGAGGGGUUGUGUGCUCUAGUGUUUAGAUCAGGUAUCUGGAGUUGGGACCCCUGCAUUCUAGUCCCAUCUCUGCCACAGAUUUGCCAGGUGAUGUUGAGCGAGUAGCUCAACCUCUCUCUCAGCUUUUCUGUCUGUAUAAUAAUUUCUACCCGCCUUUGAAAAAUGCUCUGACAGUGUUGAAUGAAAGGCUGUGUGGAAGACUAAAGUCUUGUUGUUGUUAAUGAACCACGUAGGAAACUAUUUCAUAUCCUGAUGGAUAUCAGCCAGGUCUUAGACAAUGAGAACCCAACACCCACCUCUCCUGCUUCAAACACCAUUCCAUUCAGGUUUUUUCAAGAGUCUGUUCAUUGGUAUUGCCUGUCAAGCUGGAGCUUGUCUCUUUAAGAAAGUGUAGCACAGUAGCAGAGGAAGGCCCUGCCUCCUAAAGCUUGUAGCACUGUAGCUGGGCUGUGGAAUGGGAAACAGUUCUUGAUCUUUAUCCGAAUACACUGUGCACACACGCAGCCACCCCAUCUGCAGCUCACGCAGUAACAUCCAGCGUGGAGAUCAGUACUCCUGCCUGGCUCUCUGACACAGGAUGGACGUUCCUGAGCACUGAGCUCAGCUGCUGUAAAAAGCAAGUAGGAAAACAUACAGCUGGAUAAAAUUGAUCAUGAUCAGUAGAUAGAAUCUCGCACCAUGACCAUGGCUCCCCGGAAAAGGAAUCGUCAUGCUUUUGGGUUUCUUUGCUGCUUCGGGGGAAGCGACCUCCCUGAAAUCAACCUCAAAGAUAAUAACCCCCUCCAGUUCCUGGAGUUCUCUGUCCCAAUCCCACCAGCGGAGGAGCUCAAUGCUAGGUUCUCCGAACUUGUGGAUGAACUGGAUCUCACAGAUAAGAACAGAGAGGCUAUGUUUGCACUCCCACCAGAGAAGAAGUGGCAGAUUUACUGCAGCAAAAAGAAGGAACAAGAAGACCCUAAUAAGCUUGCUACCAGCUGGCCGGAUUACUAUAUUGACCGCAUCAACUCCAUGGCUGCAAUGCAGACCCUGUAUGCUUUUGAUGAAGAAGAAACAGAAAUGAGGAAUAAAAUAGUUGAAGACUUGAAAACUGCUCUGCGGACUCAACCCAUGAGAUUUGUGACCAGGUUUAUUGAGCUGGAUGGCCUGACCUGUUUGUUGAACUUCCUGAAGAGCAUGGACUAUGAGACCUCAGAGAGCCGCAUACACACAUCCGUUAUAGGGUGUAUUAAGGCACUGAUGAACAAUUCCCAGGGACGGGCACAUGUCCUGGCCCAUCCAGAAAGUAUCAAUAUCAUCUCCCAGAGCUUACGGACUGAGAACAUCAAGACCAAGAUCGCUGUGCUGGAGAUCCUCGGGGCUGUCUGCCUGGUGCCGGAUGGCCAUAAGAAGGUCCUACAGGCCAUGCUUCACUACCAGGUCUAUGCUGCAGAGAGGACAAGAUUCCAGACAUUGCUGAAUGAGCUAGACCGAAGCAUGGGGCGCUAUCGGGAUGAGGUGAAUCUCAAAACAGCCAUCAUGUCCUUUAUCAAUGCUGUUCUGAAUGCUGGCGCAGGCGAGGACAAUUUGGAAUUCCGAUUGCACCUGCGAUAUGAGUUUCUGAUGCUGGGAAUUCAACCUGUUAUUGACAAGCUAAGAGGACAUGAAAAUGCAACAUUAGACAGGCACUUAGAUUUCUUUGAGAUGGUGAGAAAUGAGGAUGAUCUGGAACUUGCCAAGCGGUUUGAUGUGAUUCACAUUGAUACAAAAAGUGCCUCUCAGAUGUUCGAGAUGAUCAAAAAGAGAUUGAAGCACACGGACGCCUAUCCCUAUUUGCUAUCAGUCCUUCAGCAUUGCUUGCAGAUGCCUUAUAAGCGGAAUGGGGGACAUUUCCAGCAGUGGCAGCUGUUAGACCGGAUACUACAACAAAUCAUUCUUCAGGAUGAGAGAGGGGAUGAUCCAGAUAUAGCUCCACUGGACAACUUCAAUGUCAAGAACAUCAUUAAGAUGCUGGUGAAUGAGAACGAAGUGAAACAGUGGAGGGAUCAGGCGGAGAAAUUCAGAAAAGAACAUGCAGAGCUGUUGAGCAGACUGGAAAAGAAGGAAAGAGAAUGUGAGAUAAAGACCCAGGAGAAAGAUGAAAUGAUGAAGACAUUGAACAAAAUGAAGGACAAGCUGCAGAAAGAAUCCUUGGAACUGCGCCAGACCCGGGACCAAAUGACAGACCUGGUAGCUCAAUUCAAUGAGUUCUCGCAAGGAGGUGGCAUUUCCUCCCCACCCCCUCCUGGUGGCCCAUUAGCUUUGCCCUCCUCUCUGAUGAUGGAGUGUUUGCCCCCGCUGCCACCUCCACUCCCAUUCUCCAGCAGCCCCCCUCCACCUGCUCCUCCACCUCCACCGGGAGGGCCACCUCCCCCACCUGGAGCCCCUCCUUUCUUCAGCCUGGGGAUGAUGCCUCCUCCCACAACCACCUUCAGUAGCAGUGGUACCAGCCUGAGGAAGAAAUCUAUCCCACAGCCUUCCCAUCCACUGAAAUCCUUCAACUGGGCCAAACUGAGCGAGGAGAAGAUCCAUGGCACAAUCUGGCAUGAAAUUGAUGACUUAAAGGCUUUCAGAGUGCUGGAUCUGGAGGAUUUUGAAAAAAUGUUCUCUGCUUAUCAAAGACACCAGGACCUGCUAACUAACCCCUCCUCCUGUAAGCAGAAAGAGAUGGGCUCAACUGAGGACCUAUACUUGUCCACACGGAAGGUUAAAGAGCUUUCUGUUAUUGAUGGCCGAAGGGCUCAGAAUUGCGUCAUUCUCCUCUCCAAGUUGAAGCUGUCCAAUGAUGAAAUCAAACGGGCGAUCUUGAAGAUGGACGAACAAGAAGACCUGGCCAAAGAUAUGCUGGAGCAGCUGCUGAAGUUUGUUCCUGAGAAGAGUGAUAUCGACCUGCUAGAGGAACAUAAACACGAAAUUGACCGCAUGGCCCGGGCUGAUCGAUUCCUUUAUGAAAUGAGCAGGAUUGAUCACUACCAGCAGCGGCUGCAGGCGUUAUUCUUUAAGAAGAAGUUCCCAGAGAGGCUGGCAGAAUGCAAGCCUAAAGUGGAAGCCAUUCUUCUGGCCUCCAAAGAGCUCACCCGCAGCAAGCGCUUGAAGCAGCUCUUGGAGGUUGUCCUGGCCUUUGGCAAUUACAUGAACAAGGGCCAAAGGGGAAGUGCGUAUGGCUUCAAAGUCUCCAGCUUGAACAAAAUUGCAGACACCAAAUCCAGCAUAGACAGGAAUAUUACACUGUUGCACUACUUAAUUAUGAUCUUUGAGAAGAAAUACACAGAUAUCCUAGACAUGCAGUCUGAGCUGCAACAUCUUCCAGAAGCAGCAAAAGUCAAUCUGAUGGAGCUGGAGAAGGAAGUUAACAACAUAAAGACUGGAUUGAAAGCUGUUGAGGUUGAACUGGACUAUCAGAAGAGACGCAUGCGGGAAGCAGGGGACAGGUUUGUGCCUGUCAUGAGUGAUUUCAUCACUGUGGCCAGUUUCAGCUUCUCGGAGCUAGAAGACCUUCUGAACGAGGCUAGGGACAAGUAUGCCAAGGCACUGAAGCAUUUUGGAGAGAACGAGGGCAAGAUGCAGCCAGAUGAAUUUUUUGGCAUCUUCGACACCUUCCUGCAGUCGUUCACAGAGGCCAAGCAAGAUCUGGAGAAUAUGAGGAAGAAGAAAGAGGAGGAGGAGCGCAGGGCACGCAUGGAGGCCAUGCUGAAAGAGCAGAGGGAGAAAGAGAGGCGACAAAAGAAAGCAAAGGUCGGCAGCAUCUCCGAGGAGAGUGGGGAAUUCGACGACCUGGUGUCAGCCCUCAGGUCGGGCGAGGUCUUUGACAAAGACUUAUCCAAGCUCAAGCGCAACCGUAAGCGUUCGGGGAACCAAGGCUUGGAGACAAGUCGGGAGCGGGCGGUGACCAAACUAAAUUAUUAACAACAAAAGGAAGGAGGAGACGUUAAAAGGAAAAAAAAAAAAAAAAACCAACCCAAAGAAGAUGACGACAAAGAACAAAUGAAGAAAGAUGAAUGUGUGUGUGACAGCAAUUGGCUGAUGGUUGCCCCCAAGUGCUCACCCAGCCCGUAGCUGGAGACAUUACUUUUUCAUGACCAACUUUCCUCCCCUCCCCCACGCGCCUAAUGUGGAAUGGCUGUAAAAGUGCCUCUGUGGAGCCAGCAGGGUUUGUGACUGGGCCAUUUGGAACAUUGGCCAAUUUGCUUCUGGGAAUCUUGCCUCCAAGCUCAGCAAAGGCCCAUUGAUGACAAGAGGAAGCACUUGGGUCUUGUGGACCACUCAGCAGCUGGGGGAAGAUCGUUCACUGUGUGCCAAAGUACAAACAAGUAGUGUUCUCUGUCUGUUGAGACUAAGCAAGACCAUUACAUCUCAGGCUGGCUCUGAACACACCUGACGCUUUCUCGAGAUCUGGAUAAGCCUUCAUGGAGUUCCUUUCCAGAACUUGGUUUACAAAGAGUCAUUGACUAAACCUGAAAAAUGCUUUUGAUCUCAUGUACUGUGUGGUUUUUAUUUGUGCUUUUUGUGGCCUAUAAUAGCCAAAGCAAAUGAUGCUCAGAGGGGAAGGACGGGGUUUGGAAAUGAGAUGGAGUCCUGCCUUGAAAUCCAAUAAUCAGAAUUGAUGAAACCAUUUUAAAAAAACUUUUUUUUGAAAUUUUUUAAAGCCAUUUUCUGGAACCUGUUGAAGCUUCUAGGGAUGUUCUAGAACCUGAAAAGUUGGGAGAAAGUGAAAUACAUGUUCUAGAAUGGGUGCUCUGCAUUGGAGUCUAGAAAAUGAACCCACAGCUGAUCAGGGCCAGAUCCAAAUGCCAUUGCCCAAGGGUAGGAGGGUAAUAGCCUCCCAGUGCUGAUAAUUUCGUACUGACUGCUUUUGCAUCAUUUUGUUAGCGCAAUGUAAUGGAAAUUGGGAACUGUAUGGAAUCAUCACAAGGUCCUAAAUAGUUCAUUCCAAUCAAGUUGUCUUUUAGAGCUUGCAUCGAAGAAGUUGUCUUCUCAGCAAACCCCUGCAGGAACCAUAAAACAUCAUACUAUGUGAAGGACAGCCAUGUAAAAGACAGGGUCUUUUCCACUUGGAAGGUGUUGCUUGCAAUGAAGGUGCCAUAAACAAGACGGGAAUUAAUCAAGAGGACACAGAUCUGAAUGGGUCGAGGGCUUUGAAAAUUAGUUAGUUAAUAGGAAUCUUUGUAUUAAAAAAUAAAAAUGUAAAGCACACAGCCAAAAACAAACAAGCCAACAAGAAAGACACUGACUAUUUUGUUGCUAUUUCUGAUCACCUUCACGACUCUCUAGUAAUGAGACUAGCUUAUGCAGCUUGUCACGGUUUCUUUUGUCUUGUCUUCCUUAAGUGAGCUUUUUGGUUAUCUUCCCAUGGAGAGAAAAAGGAGGAGAAAGAAAGGAGCGUUCUGGAUGUGAUAUUCGAUGAGAGAAAGAGACCCAUCGUCUGCAAAAUAUGCAUUAAAAAACAAACAGCAGGAAAUCUCAGUCUGGAGGAAGUCCAGAAACAGCUCAGUUUGUCACUUUAAUUGCUUGGCUUUAUUUUUCUCCAAAUGUCACUUAAUCUCAGGCUCAGCAUUGAGUCUGCAGGACAAAACUCCAUGCCCCAGGCACACUGCCUGAUCAGUAUUAUAUUCAGACAACAUCGGGGAAACACACUGUGGAGGUUCUCUGAACUUUGGAAGGUUAAAUAAUUAUGUAAACUAUGGAGAUAAGGAAAAAAAAAGUUAAAAACUGUAAUGUUUACUGUAUUUUGAGUCUCCCUCCCUAGAAUUUCCCUAUUGACGACAUUCCAGACCGCUGCACCUCUGCAGAAUACUCAUGGUGAAGAGCUGGUAUCUUACAAGAGCUGCGUGCAUUCUCCUUCAGUAUUAUUCCCUUCCCCCUCGGGGAUUAGCAGUUAACAGAAAUGUCCAUUGUGGCAGACACAGGCACUUUUUAGGAGAGAUUUUGUAUUUUCAUACCAGGUUUUGAAAGUUUAAGAAAAAAACUCACAUUUUUAAGCAAUUUUUUUAAAAACUCCAAAAGAGAUUUUUAAAAAAUCUCUUCUGUAAAUUAUAUUCACAAGCUCCUUGCUGUCCCCUAUCAGAUCAGUGUUCUAUUCCAACACUUUUUUUAAAGCAUGCCAUAUAUCCCACCCUGUGAGAGCCAUAUGAGAUCGUAAUACAAGCCAAAUUGGUGUAUAAUUGAGUUUAGUUUUUGGUAGUCUCCAAAUUCCAAGUCUGAGAUUUUUAAGGAUUAUAAAUAUCAGGAUUUUUUAACCUGUUUUAUCUUCCCCGGUUUUAGUGCUCACCCACUAAUUCAGUUUAGUACCAAGGUCAGAUUUCAGCCCUGGUGUAAGCAGCUGUGACUCCAUGGUUUCACUGGAGUUGUACCCUCUUGGCCCCCAGUCCAAGACUAAUCCAUUUUAUAAGGAAAAUUCAACAGGGGUUGAGAGAGCAAAGAAAACUCAGCUCAGAGGAUGAGCUUUGAAUUUGAGAGAGCAUCUCCCCCCCCUGUGCUUAUCACCAGCAGGCUUGUCUUAGGCUUUCUGACACUCUAGUCACCUUGCAAUGCCAUGAAUGUAGCAAAGGCAAAGAGAGGGAGGUUGUUACAAAGAAGCCCAGUGUCCAUUCAUCAGGAUUGCACAGUUCAGCCCAAGAUUUCCAGAGAUCUCUGUGUGGGAGAGUCAAAGGGAGCUGGUGAAACCAACUCCCAGAUUGGUGCACAAAGCACAUAAGGUUUUACCAGGCAACUGUGGGCCGCACUGUGGACUUAGAUUACUGUGACUGAAAAGCCUACAGGAGCCCAUAUACACCUUCUAGAUCUACUCCAGCUCCAUUUCUCAGCAUCAAGUGUUUGAGUCUCUGAUGCUUUUUUGCUUGAGUCUCUGACGCUGGAUCAAGGCUGCUUUCUCCAUCCUAAGGAGCCUUUAGCGCGUUCCCCUUCUCUGAUUGCCUGCCCCAUAGCAAAAUCCUCUUGGGGGGAGGAGGAGGAGGCCCCUUGUGAGGGCUUGGAUACACUUGCCUUGAAUCCUGAAGGUGGGCAGCAUUUCCUACCACUGACAUUUGGCAACAGGGAGAAAGGCCUGUUAACAUGUUUUCAUGGUAUGAGAAGUGUCUGGCCACGUGGGAUGGGAGGAACAGCUGGCCCUGCCCUGGAACCCACCUUCAUGCUGGGACCACGUUCCAUCUUGAUUUUAGACCUUGAUGUGCUGUGACUCAGUGCAACUCGCUUGUGCUGUUUCAACACAGCUCUCUGGAGAGCCGCUAACUGGCUAAGGAAGGAAAAUGAAGGUUGUGCUGCCCUGCCUAGUCUUUGUUCUCAAGUGAAUGAGUUUGUAUUAGCAGGGCCCCACAAUGCACAGGAUACGGGCUGUGAUCACUGACACGGUGACUGGUGCUUGCUGUGAGACCAUAAGAACCCACAGGAGCUCCAUUCUGGGUUGUUGGUUGGUUGGUGUUUUCUCCCUUGGCUGAGUCUAGAAGCCAGCAUUUCCCAAGAUUUGAAAUAAAAUGUCCAUUUCCCUGGAACAAGAGGAUAUGAGUGUUGGGAUUGAAAGGGGGCGGGGGGAAAGAGAACAGUUAAAUGAAGGGGCUUAGUCUGCAGUGCUCUCCCAAUUUCCCAUCUUCCCCAAUCCCUGGGAUCUGCUCCCUGAUCUGAGACUUGCCCUGCAAUGUCAUAGGGGCUCUGCUGCUUUUCCACCACCCCUGUGCUGCUCUGCAUCUUGGCUCAGCCCAGCCCUGCAGCAUCCCAGGAGCUGUCCCAUCUCCACCUCCUCUGGUCCUACUCAGCCCUGCCAGUCCACACUAGCACUCCUGCCAUUGCAAGCACCAGUGGAGCUGCACCAAGCUACAGCUGUGGAAGUGUUUCCCUGAAACAGUCAGGGUAGGUGCAGCCUCAGUGUUUCCCUUGUGGGAACCCAAUGACAUGUUCACUUUAAGGGGAUCAGCUGCAAUCACAGUCCUGCACAUCUGUGGACCUACCCUUGAUCUCACAGCUCCUGGGCUUGCUGCUAGAGCCAAAAUCUUCUCUGCCAUUGCCUUGGGAACCCCCAAGUGCCUCACUGCUGUCCAGGCAUUGUUCCGCCCCACUCUACCCCCAUGAUCCUUCUUGGCAGGAAUGUCUGUAGUGUGCAGCUGGCCCUUUUGGCUCGUUGUGGAUGGAAGGAAAAUGGGGAAUAGCAUCGGCGUGGAUACGGACCUUCCUCUCUCCUACCAUUCCAUUCAGCCUCCUACAGGGACUGCUCACACAAAGCCCUGGGGUAGCAUGUUGGCAAGCGGAAAGCAGCAGCCCACAGGAGGGCAGCUUUAAGUACCGCCUCUUUCGUAGCUUAACCGAGGCACUUCCUGAAGCCUUCCUAGCAGCUCUUUCAGAGUACUUAAAUCCUACGCCAGCAAGAAGGAUUAGGCCACUUUCCCAAAGACUGUCCUGCCAGCCCCAGAGGGAUGCUGACAGUGGGCCCGCUGUGCCCCAGCAAAUCCCAGGGAAGGGAAGGCAAUGGGAAACAACAGGAAGGCCAGGGCAUGUGCAAGGUGAAGACAACAAGCUCGCAAGAGAACCUGUCUGGGGCAACUGCCAGUAGAGCUGGGAUUUGAUUUAAUUCCAGAGUCAUACUGGUGCAAACCUUGGCAGAGGUCUCAGGCAGUGAGAAGUCGUUCCCCCCUGCUCCCGGCCAGGGAACCAGGUUACAGUGGCACAACGUAGCUUCAACCUCUUCUGCAAUGGGGCAGCUGUAAGGGGCCAGCCUGGCCCCAAAAGUGGAUAGGCUGAACAGACAGAGGUGUGUGUUGAUUGAGCACCCUCCUCAGCUCUUUCCACCAGCCAGCUCCUCUGGAUCCGUGGCAGAGUGUUUAGCUCAACUGAGGGUAAUGUUGCCUGUCCUCCCUUGAGCCAAGUCCCUCCCCUGAAGUCUCACUGCUACAGAAGAGUGUAUUUUCUGUCUCCUUAAAUCUGGCCCCCAGGGUCCAAGUCUACCCUUAAUUACCCCUGUGCAAGCCCAUUAUUGUUGAUUUAUGCUAAUAACUUUUCUGUGGCCACCUGGGGCAACACUCAAGUCCCUCCCUGGCUGGCUGUCUCUGGUCUGGAUCAUGCUUCUGAAUCAGUCACAUUUCCAGAGACCAGGAUAAGUUGACCUCAAAGCAGCUCCACAACAUGGGAGCAGAAAGGCCAGUCCACAUUCUGCAGCUGACUGAAAAUCCAGGCACCAAAUCCGCCCUUGCCGCCUCAGCGGCCACAGCAGGACUAGUGCUUAGUGGCUAGAGACUUCCCAAGGGGAAGAUGGCUUGGGUGUUCUUCAGAAGCAUUUCUGUAACGUGCUUGUGGUCUCCGAGGAAGGGAGAGAGGUUGUGAGGGGCCGGGUGGGCAUUUAUGUGAGGGUCAGCCUCUUUGGAGGAACGUUUCCUCUCCUUGGGGGCACUCUGAGCUGGGUUGUGGGGGGAGAGGCAUGUGUCCGAAGUGUCCUUGAGGGGAAUGGAGACGGGUUGUACAGUUCAUGAUGUACAUGAUGUUUGCAGUUUUGUUUCUGGGUAUUUUUUUAUUUUGGUUAAAUGUUUUUAAAAAAGAAUUAAGGUUUUUAGGAAGCUCUAGGGGGAAGCUGUAAAUCUGACACCUCUAUUUAUUUUUGCCUUAUUCUAGUUUGCUUAUGUUUUGCAUGUAUGCACCGCACUACAGCAAAGACUAUUGAGACUGUGCCAGGGCAUUACACCAGCUAGCCGGUCUGCUUGGCAAUUCUGGGCUGGGCUGCAUGUCAUUCAUUGGGUGGGGGAAGGAAGGAGAAAGGGAGUGUUCCCUGGGGUUUUGAAACCCCAUUGGCCCACACCUCCCUGAAAGCCGUGAACUGGCCCCAACAAUAUCGAACCCAAAGAGCUUUUUCUUUUAGACCAAUUACAGAUCUGUUGCUUUUGCACACUGUGAUUUUAUUUUAUUCCAAUCCCGAGCAAUGGGCCAAAAGGUCUGAGCACUCUCCUCAAACUCCGCCCACAAUCCCCAGUUCUGCCCAUCAUCCCAGUGGAGCUGGAUGUUUCUACAAAAGUGCUUAACACACAACAUUGUUGUCCUUUAAAUUCUCAUAAUUAGGCUUCAGAGUUAACAGGUUGCUGAGCCAAACUGAGACAGUCCUCGCCACUCUGAGCUAUCAUUCCUUUCUGGCUGCUGUCUCUUAGAGUUUUCUGGUUUUUUUUUUUUGUUUGUUUCUUUUUUUUUACACAUUGGGAAGAUUUUCUUUACAACUGUAAGGGUUAGAUUUUUUGUUUUGUUUUUUAAUAUAAGUUUUUAAAUCCUGCACAUACAUCUUCCAUGGAUCGACUCCACCCAACUACUGAUCCCAGUGAGCAGUUUAGUUAAGGCUACUUAAUCCUUAUGGGAUUUAUGUAAAAAAAACAAAGCUGUCCAGAUUUUGCUUAACAUAGCACCUGUGAACUCAUAUGGCUACAUGUGUAUGCCAGCACAGAAUGGGGCUAUGGGUUCUCUAAUGGUGGAGUCUUUAAGAUACUUCAGAGAGUCAUAAAGCCUUCACCAUGUUGUUCUCAUUCUUGGAGGAAUACUCUAUAGAUCUUAAGGCCAGAUUCUUCUGUUAGCAGUAUAAAUCCAGAUAAGCUCUGGUGUGGUCAGGUCAGUCUGCCCUGGAUUUACACCAGUAAAACUGGGAGCAGCAUCUGACUCCAUUAGUUUCCUUUUGUGUUGCCUACAGCACAUUUCACAAAUUCCAUACAGUACAUUGUUAGAAGGACUUAUCACUAGUAGCAAGCCCUCUGUGCCCAGCUAUCAUCCACCCUUCUAACUACCAUCUGGAAAGGCUUCCUAAGAAACGUCUCAGUGCUGAAAGGAAACGUCAGAUGUUUCAGAUCAGUGCUUGCUCCUGCUAGGACCUCACCUCAUCCAGUCUUCUCACUUCCUUGCAUUAGGUUUAGCUUGAAACUUGCUGGCCACUUUUGGAUUCCCCCAUGUGCUAAAUUAGAAGGCACAGUGCUGCCCAUAGGAGCUGGGGAGAGGUCCGGUGCUGCUGUAAUGCCUUAGUGUAUCCUCAUUUCUUGGUCAGUUUGACUAUAAAUGAAUUAAAUGUACAAAACCUGUAGUGUCCUUUUUAUCUGCACCUUUUUAUAAGAAUAUACUGUAAUACUUAAAAAAAAAAAAAAUUAAAGAUAUAUUGCCCCCAC